AUGAAAUUCCAUCUAAUAACUUCGCUAGUUGCUUUAGAAAUCUUGAAUCUGAUUCCGUACUGCCAUGCUUUAUGGGUGCAGUCAUUGAAGAAUCCUCAGUCCGCUAGCAGUACUGCUGGUGGUGCUGGCAUGGCAGCGCUCCCACGACUAUUAUCUUUGACACCAUCAGCAUCACGAACCUCAGUGUCACGAUAUUCCAGUUCUUUAAGACCACGAUCCCCUUUUAGUUCCUCCUCAGCCCUGUACGCAGACAAAAACGAUAGUCGCAUCUUCAAGGCAGGUGGUGGGGUUCCUCAGACCCCAAGUGGUGAAUUGAGACUUUUCGAUCCGGGUGAACAAGGCAUGAAGGGAGGCACUUUGGAUUUGGCAGAGAGAUUGAAAAAGGGUGUUAGCUAUCACAAAGCCAAAGAAAGUGAGAAUGGAAACCAAAACUCGCCACAAGUGAAACAUGAAUUCAGCCUCUUUGAUCCGGCAAAAGAAGGAAUGAGGGGCGGAAGUGCAUCUGAUUUUGCCGAACGACUCGAUGGUGGAGCGAAUUUUCAACCGGAACAGGAACAACAAGCCAUAGAGCAACCAAAGAUGGAAGUGCCCCAGACCAAUGGUGCAGUUUCUAGUCCCCCAAAGCCAGUAGUAACAGCAGCAAAGGCCACCACCACCAGCACAAAGGUUUCAGCACCUGCCCGACAAGAAGCAGCAGCAGCAAACGGUCGACGUGCCAGUUGGCCUUUUCAACCCUUGCUGUCCUCUUCCACCCCAGCAUAUCCGAACGUAGGAGUAGGCCGGGGACGAGCAGCCGCCAUUCGAAAGCAAAAUCAAGAACGCAUCAACAAGAAUUCCUCCGUUGUGCGUCCCAACACGACCACUGUGGUGCCAACAUCACGUCCAGCCAGCAAUUAUGCACCCGUUGGUUACUCACCCGCCGCUACUGUUAUUAAUGCUACUCCCAAGGCUACUGUAGUUCCAAAUGGAAGCGCAGUAGUGGCUGAUACCAAAUCUAAGAAACAAGAAAGAAAGAAGGUUGCCACAGACAAUCACUUUUGGGGGAAGCAAUCCAAUUGGUGGGACAAUCCCUCCGGUGCCAGGUUCGGACAACAAUAA